AUGCCAAGACAAAAGCGUGGUGUGGAGUCCGAGCUUGCAGUGCGGCAGGACUGUAAGAGACAGAAGCAACGCAAGGACGAACAAGCCACAACGCAAAAGAACGUUGCUGCCAACCAGCUUGUGAAACGCGGCAGAAAUGCCGCUGCCAAUCGACAGUCUAUUACGGCGAACGCUGACGGUGACAACAACGACGCCGUAGCGGGAACUAGUGCCGGGGGACAGGUCUUCCCUGCAGCACUGCAGUCCCCAUCCGGGGGGUUGACUCCAGGCGCCGUUUCCCGCACUGCCAUUGAACGGUCGCAAGGCUUGUUGCUCCCAACGACACUUGUCCUGCGAACCCUUGCUGACCUGAUUACUGAGGCGGCCGUGGAGCCUGGAACGUCUAUCCGCCGCAUCGGUCCCAUUGCGGACCAGCUCGAGGCCUGCGCAUUUCGAAGCAAUCAUCACCUCGCGUUACGCAUGAAGGGCGCGCCGCUGGCGGACAGCGCUAACGACGGAAACGUUGAUCAUGCGGCCGAUGGGGGAGGUAGCACUUUUGGUGUUCCCCAACCUCAACGGGGCAGUGACGCCCAGAACGGUGCUGCAGGGGCUGCUACAGCCUCUGGAAGUGCUGCUACAGCUGCCGGUGCCCAACAACUUGGGAAGGCAACGGGCAGGCGGGUGAAGGGCUACGGGGCUAAAUAUUUUACAGAACGAUGUUCUUUGCUCUUAAACUCCGCUGCAUCCUACCGCGCCUUGGCGGCCCUCCUGGAGGCCCUCGUGGACCAGUGGCCACCAGCGGACAUUGCCGAGAAGCUGCGAUCGCUGGCAGACCGAAUCGCUACGGGGGGGCCCCGAGCCUCCUGUGCUUCCGCCGCUACCAUAGCCACUGCGCCGUUACAGCCAGCCGCGACAGCCGUCGCCGUCACCACCAACGGCGGUGGCGAUGUUGGUGCAUGCGCCGAGGCCCUCGUAGCACAGAUGGCAGCCCACCCCAAAAUGCUGUUGGGAGAUUCCCGGUCGUCGAAGCUCAGGACUGCGCGGAUGAAGAUACUGAAGACGUUCGGGUCCGAGCAUUCAACGCCAGGAAGGCCCUCAGCUGAGCCGGCUCGCGAUAUUGGCGCUGGUGCUGGUGCUGGUGCUGGUGCUGGUGCUGGAGGGGGCGCUUCGACUGAGGGUGAUGUUGAGAGACUGAAGCCCCUGUUAUGUGCACUCUUGGGGCGUAGCAUGGGGGUCUUGAAAGGAAAGCAGCCUGCCAGCAGUCAGGGGCGUGGGGUCGUCGAUCGGCAACGGAAGGUGGCGGCGGCGGCGGCGGCGGAGGAGGAGGUGGCGGCCACAGCGGAGCAGUCGGCAGACCCGGUGGACGCGGCCACCACCCAGCGCCCGCAAUCCCGCGGAGGGCUGAAGGCUUCGGAUGCGGCCGCAGCGCCAUUGGGGCCCAGACCUUGUAACAUGACUGGGGCAGCACUACCACCACCGUCACCAUUACCAUCACCGUCACCAGGUUCACACCCGUUCAUCUGGCAACUGGUGGUCGCCGCAGAGCGGGCAGCGGCCUGCGGGUCGCCCGGCCUGGCGGCGCAACACACCACACGCUCCCACUACCCGAUUUCUUCAUUUACAGCGCAAUACUAUCAUCAUGAUCAUGAUGCCGUCGGGAGCGCUGCUGGGCAGCUGGCGCCAGUGCCGAAGAAGUUGCGGUACGAGCCUGGCGGUUGGCUGAAGGCGGAGGAGCGGCUGUUGCGGCGCUCACACCUGCGCCAGGUCAAUUUGGCUUGCGAGUUGCAGCUGCUGUACGACACAGCGCGUGCGGCUCGCAGGGCUUUCCCGGUGGGUAUGUUGCUGCUCCGAGAGCCCGCCGUACAAAACUCGAUCGGGCAGCACCAGCAGCACCAGCAGGUGGUGAUGAUCAGCGCGCCGCUGUGGGCCGCAUGCCUGCCGGCUGCCGCUGCCAUGACCGCCCCACCGCCCGCUGCAGCCGCCGCCGCCGCCACCACCGCCGCCACCACUAUCACCACCAGGACCAGGACCAGUGGCGGGGAUAGCGGUGGCCCCUCCAGCGGCGAUUGGGGACUGCCUGCAGGUCCGCCUCUGCGGCUGUGUCGUACACCUGAGGCGGCUGCUGAGGCUGUUGACAUGGCAUUGCUGGCGCUGCGGGGACCGUUUGGAACGCCCCUCAAUCUGGGUUUGGGGGCGAUGGCUCGCAACAACCUUGACAUGAUGCUACCUGCGAGAGGCUCGGACCUCCGGUCGCGUCUGGGUGCCAUACGCCACUCCCUGACACCCCCUGUUCCUGUUGGCGGCUCGUCCACCUGCUCCGGAGACACGCCCCCCGCGGAAGACAAUAACGUAGUACGAGUGCGGUUCGGCUGCGGCGUCUGUGCCGCCUGCCGCGACCCGCUAGCCGGGGAGCCGUGCUUGCGGCCGCUCACAGGGCUGGUCGUUCACGAGGUCACUCUCCACUCCGAUCGAGGGUUUGGAGUUAAGGACGCCCUGCGAAGCGCACUGGGCUGGGAUCCGGAGGCGACAUACACAGCUGCGGCAAGGGCGGCGGGGACGAGGGUGGCAAGGGCGGCGCCUGGCGGCAGUGGAGAAGCUGUCAUUCGCGGUCGCAAGCGGUUGCGUGGCGACGGCUGUGAGGGGGAGGAAGCGGCGGCGGCGGCGGAGGAGGAGGAGGAUGACGUGGUGGAGGUGGAGAUGGAGGACGCAGCAGCAACAGCAGCAACUAGAAUGGGAAGGCGGGCGGGGAGGCGGCAGGGAGCAGAUGUGGAGGAGAGGGAGGAGGGGGAGGGGGAGGGGGAGGCGGUAGCGCGGGACGACGGUCGUGCUGAUCAUCAAGGUGUAGAUGUCGACGACAUGCCGCUGCAGGAGCGCCUGCUAGACACGCGGCAGCGGCAGCGGCAGCGGCGGAGAAAGAAGGGGAAACAGCAGCAGCAGCAGCAGCAAGGGGGGGGACGGGAGCGGAAGACACCCGCCGAGGUGUACUACAUCGGGGCGCCCGACGGGGAGGUGGUGGCCGCCCCCGGCACCAAGGACGCUCGCCACAUCACAAAGGACGGCCUGGUGCUGGACGGGGAGAAGUUUUUGAUGAAGGACGGCCUCCCCUACUGGCUGCCCAUGAUAGCUUGGCACGCCCGCGCGGUGGAAGCCAACAUCAGCGAGUCCGUCCUGAACGCCCGCUGCUGGCCGCGCAUCCCCCGCCUGGCGGUGCUGCAUGACCCGGUGAAGGCCCUCCCGCUGCGGGACUUUGUGUGGGAAACUGAGGGGCAGCUGCACACCCUCGCUGCGCCCGUGGCGGCGGGUGCGAGGGGCCGUCGUCUGCCUGGCUGGGUGGGUCUGUCCGGGCCGCAUAAGCAGCACACCAAUGUGAAGGUCCGGCAGCUGCUUGCGGACAGGUUGAGGGAUCACGUGCACACGGCCGCGGUGGUAAAGGCGGCAGGACUGGGCCUGGUGCCCCUCUCUGACGCCUUCCAAACCACCAGCAGCAGCAUCCGGGACAUCCAGGUCAGCAGCGGCCCCCGCCACGCGGGACUCACCCCCGGAGGCUUCCCCCAGAGCCAGCACCUCACCCAGCAGCUGUCGAUAGCGAUCACGAUCGUAAUCAUGAUGAUGCGGCGGCGGGUGGGGCUACCCCCACCCCCACGGCGGUGCAACCUGAUGGGGGGCGGCCUCGCGGAGGUCCCCCCGCUAGGGGAGGGCGGCUCGCUGGCGCUGCUCGGGGCCCGGGGGAAGGCGGCGAAGCGGCAGGUGGUGCCCCGGGGGGUGGAGGAGGCGGAGCCGGAACGCCAGGUCGCUGAGGGGCAGAUGGCUGGACACCAUUUGGCAGCCGGUACCGAGCCCCCUCCCCCCUGGCUGGCUCAGCUCCAGCCGCCCACCCUGGACCUCAUGGCGGCGCUGGAUCAGGCGCACUGCUGGGCUCGGGGGCUGCAGCCGGCUGGCAGGAGGAUUGCAACUACCAGCCUGCCACCGCCACAACUGCAGCUACCACCUGCAGCAGCUGCUGCUGGUGCCGCUGCUGUGGCGGGGAAGGAGGAAGAGGGCGAGGGCCAUAGGACUGCGGCAGCAUCGAGUGGUACUGCGGGGCGCGCUGGUGGUGCUGGUCCUGCUGGUCGUACGGGAACUGAGCCGGCUGGUGGGGAUGGUGGUGAGGCCGGGGUUCGGGAAGUGGGCUGGUGUUUACUGCCCACCCCUCAGACGGCCCUCAGUUACGAGGAGCUGCUGUUCCUGGCGCUGCUGGGAGAGGAGAGCAUGAGGGCCGUGGAGGAUGGGGGCGGCUGA